AUGAAUUGGGUUCGGGGAGAAACAAUUGGGUAUGGGAGUUUCGCGUCUGUUAGUUUGGCUAAAGAUGUGGGUGAUCAUCUUGAUCAGACAUUAAUGGCGGUUAAGUAUUGUCAAGCUUCAUGUUCUGAUUCGUUGAUUAGUGAGAAAGAGGUGUUGAAGAUGAUGAAGGGAUGUCCUCAGAUCAUUCGAUUAUAUGGAGAUGAAAUCAGUCAUGAAAAGGGUCAGAGAUUUUAUAAUUUGUUGAUUGAAUAUGCCGCCGGCGGCGAUUUGGGUCGGAAAAUCAAGAAUUCGAGGCUGUCGGAGAUGGAAGUGAGACGGCAUACGAGAUCGGUGAUGGAGGGAUUGAAGUUUAUUCAUGGAAGUGGGUUUGUUCAUUGUGAUAUUAAACCGACAAAUGUUCUCCUUUGCUCCGCCGUUGACGGCGGAGAUCAGGUGGCAAAGAUCGCUGAUUUCGGUCUCGCCAAGAUGGCCGGAGAAAGAAUUGGUGUCAAUUUAAGGGGAACGCCUCUUUACAUGUCGCCGGAGAUGGUAAAUGAAGGUGAGCAAGAAUCGCCGGCGGAUAUUUGGGCUUUGGGAUGUUUGAUUUCCGAGAUGAUUACAGGUAACCCAGUUUGGAAAUUUCCCGGGGAUGAGAAUUUCUGUAAAUUGCUUCUAAGAAUCGGGACCGGCGAUUCAUCGCCGGCAAUUCCUGAAGAACUUUCCGAUGAAGGGAAGGAUUUUCUCCGGAAAUGUUUUAUUAGAGAUCCUAGAGACAGAUGGACGGCUGAGAUGCUUCUCAGUCAUCCAUUUGUUGCAAAUAUAGAGAACAAUUCUACUGAAGUUGAAUCCAAUGGUGAAGAUGAAGUCCACGUGUACCGACAGAUAUCCCCAAGAUGCCCAUUUGAUUUUCCCAAUAGAGACAGGUCGUGUUCAAUGAGUUCGCCGGCGGAGAGACUCCGGCGGCUGGGAACGACGGCGGCGGAGAAAUCCAAUUGGUCUUCUUGCGGGGACUGGGUGGUAGUUAGAUAG